UCCGGGAAAUGCGAGGAUGCAAAGUGUGACAAAAAGUGCAUAUCUUGGGAGGGUGCAGCCCAUGGAGCUUGUCAUAAGCGCGAAGGCAAAUCAAAUUGCUUCUGCUACUUCGACUGUUCCAAAGACAAGAAGACACCGCCUCCAAAAGACAAAAAACCACCACCAAAAGACAAAUCGCCACCACCUCCCAAAGAUGGCUCGCCACCACCUCCCAAAGAGGGCUCGCCACCACCUCCCAAAGAGGGCUCGCCACCACCACCGAAAGACGGGUCUCCCCCACCUGCUGACGGUGGUGCAUCGCCUCCUCCAAAAGACGGGUCUUCUCCACCUCCAGCUGACGGUGGUUCAACGCCUCCUCCAAAAGACGGGUCUCCCCCGCCUCCUGCUGACGGUGGUUCAUCGCCACCACCUCCCAAACACUAA